GUGAAAGUGAAACAAAAGCUCAGCAGAGCACAGUUUUACGGACAGCUGCCGCACGUAUUUAAAGUUUUCCUUUAAGUUCAGAGUCAUAUCUAAAAUGGACGAAUACCAACACGAGUUGUUCUUUGAAGCGAGAGAUCUGUCGGACAGAGAGAAGGAGAAAGUCAGGAGACACUUUCAGAAAAGACGCGACUCUGGAGGCGGUGACUGUGGAUCGAUCGAAAAGUGUGGAGGCCAAACAUACAGAAUCUGUUUCAAGGAAAAAGAAGACCAGGAAAGGGUUUUGCAGAGGAAGUUUCACACUAUUUUGCUUCCAAGUGGGGAAUUACAGUUGGUCGUGAGUCGAACCACUUCGCCACAGAACGCCAAUCAACCCUCAACAAGUAGCCAAUCAUCACAGACAUUCACAAAAACAAACACAAAAGGCCUUGAGAAGAUUUUCAGGCUAGAUAUUUUCCUCCUGUAUUACCUGAGGGACAACCCUAGGGCACUUAAAGUCUUACAGAAACAACUCUCUGUUAUCGGCUGCACGGUGGAGUUCGAUCUAGAUGAAGAGGAGGCAGUGGUUAGGGGGGAUGUUGAGAAGGGGUCUGGAAGUGCCUUCAGUGCUGCAGAGAACUGGGAGAUACAAGUGGAUCGCGUCCUCAUCGGUCUUACUGAGCGCUACCUCUGCUAUCACGUGCUUGAACCAAAAAAAGUAAAAAUCCUGUUGCAGGACCGCUCCUUUGUGACUGAUGAUAUCAAAGUGUACACAGAGAGCAGUUAUGCUGUGGUUGUUGGAGAGGUUGAGGUUGUAAAUCAGAAGAUUGAAAUCCUGGAAAAGAGCCUGCCAACCAGAAAAGAGUUACCAGUUGUGGAGAAGCAACUCCAACUGAUAGAAGAAGAGUUUAAUCGAGAAAUCCACGCACUUUGCCCAGAGGUUAAAGUCCACAGAGGUAACGCCAUGAUCAUCCUGGAGGGACCAGACAAUGACGUGCAGUCAGGAGCUACAAAACUUGAUGAACUGAUCAAAAAGGUACAGGAAAAGAGAGUUACACUGCCUACAGCUCUACUUACCUUCAUAACAUCCAGCGGUGCCAUCUCCAAGUACCAGGCUCGCUUCCAGCAGAGACUCAGACAUCCUGUUCUCCUAGAGGUGGGGUCAGAUCUGGUUCUGUCCAGUUUGUCCUCUGAUGCCCUGGAUGAGGCUAUGGCAGCACUGCGGAGAGACUUGAGCGUGGACAAUGUGCAAAUACAGGGAGCUGCAGCUGUACCUCCAGAUCUCGACAAAGUGAAAGAAAUUCUGAUCAAAGCCAAGAACGAGGCAAACUGUCGAGAGCUCAGAGUGGACGUCAGCUUCAUCCCAGACCCCAGCAGUACCGCAGCCAUCAAGGUACGACUAGUGGGCUACAGUGAAAAUGUGCACAAGCUCAAAGAGGUUCUCCAUGACUACCAGAUGAACCAGGCUGAGACACAAGAAGUGCUGAACCUGCCAUAUCCUGAACUGGUUGACUGUUUUGAUAAAAUCUUAAAAAUGAUUGGUGUGAAGCACACCAAGGUGACCAUUAAAGCCUCAAAUUUUCCACAGCCCUGUGUGCUUGUGUCUGGCCCUCGCUGUCAGGUCCGGGAGGUCCAGGCAGACCUAAACGCAACUCUAGCCAGUCUGGUAUCAGAUACUUUGGUUCUAGAUGGACCAGGGGCUCAGCUGUACUUCCAAGCAGAGGGUAAAAUGAACAAAGACCUGAUAGAGAGCUCCUGUCAGGUCCUUAUCAAGGAACAACAAGGUCUGUCCUCAAAUGUGAAAACUAAAACACAAAGCAUUAGCUGCCAGAGGAGCCCUGUUUCCCAAAGGCCCCACGUCACUCCUCGGAGCACUACAGUCAACAAGACAAGCCUGGAGAUCAAGCUCGGCAGUUUGGUGGAUGAGCAGGCGAAUGUGUUGGUGGUCCCCAUGCUCAACAAGCAGCUAAAGUCUACUAAUAUUGGUAAAUGCCUGUUGAAAAAAGCAGGAAAUGCAAUCAAGUCAAACUUUGACUCGGUGGCAGCGAAUUGUACCGUUGCUCCUGGUGAUGUUCUGCAAGUGGCUGGGCCUCCGUCUCUGGGCUGCACCAAGCUCUUCUUCAUUGAAUGCUUGCCAUGGGAUGGAUUCAGAGGGCAGAGUGUGCAGGCGCUAAGCAAUGGGCUGAAGAAGUGUUUGGACCUCUGUGUACAGCAGCAAGUGUCCUCAGUGGCAUUUCCAGUUAUCGGACCUGGAAUUGUUUUAAAAUUCCCGCUGAGGGAAGCCAUUCAAGUGCUGACUGAGAGCAUUCACCAGUUUGGAUUGUCUGCAUCCUCUGGGCCUCUCUCCACCAUCCACAUCAUCAUUAAACCAGACAAUCCUGAUUCCGAGGAGAGUUACCAUGAAAUCUACAAGCACCUCAGUUCAAAUAUGAACCAGGGAGGCCAAGCAAUCUUCAGGUCACUCACCAGUGACCUUGAUGACAUCACAAUGACAGUAGGAGGCGGGGUUAAACUACAGCUGGUGUUUGGUGACAUCACUAACGAGACUACAGAUGCUGUGGUGAACACGACUGACUUCGUAAAUUUCCAGUACGAUGGUGUUUGCAAAGACAUCUUAACCGUAGCUGGACCAGAGGUGGAGGCCGAACUUAAAGCAGCAAAAGUGAACCGAGGGGAAGUUUUUGUAUCCCAGUCUGGAUCGUUCCCCUGUGAAGCCAUUUUACAUGUGUGUGGAGAAAGGGAUGCAGCUAUCGUCGAAGAACUGGUGUGUGGCAUCAUCGAACAUUGUGAAUUAUAUGGAUUCACAUCCGUGGCCAUUCCUGCCAUCUGUGCUGGAACGGGAGGGUUGGAACCUGGAGUCGUGGCAGCUGCCAUCAUCCGAGGGGUCAAGGCUGCCAUUAUGUCCACUCCUCUCACCAGUCUCACUGACAUCCACCUCGUCCUGAUCAAGAUCAAUGUCUUCUUGGCGUUUAAAGAGGAAGCAAUGCAAAUGUUUUCCACUGCUGUAAUCAACAGAGUGGCAACGCCUCAGUUGUAUCAGGUGCAACAACAACAGCCCACUUCGUUUUUAAGCUUAGACCUAAGCAGCCUCCGUAUCGCCUCCACAAGUCAGAAGUCAGUCUUCCUGUUCCUGGGUUUCUCCAGAAAGGAUGUUGACGAUGCCAAGUCAAAGCUGAAGGAUCUGUAUCAGGCUCAGUGCUCCACUCAAACCUUCAAAAAGGAGGAGCUGGAAAACCUCACCCAGGAUGACAUAAAGAUUCUGGAGCAGCUGGUGGAGACUCACGGUCUGUACAUGCAGAAGGACCAGUCUGGCCAGGGCUGUUUAACAGUGAGUGGGUUAAAAGAUGGGGUAAACCAGGUGAUGCAGAUGAUUAAUGCCCAUCUGCAUGGCUGCCUCAGAAGAGAGGUGAGACUCAGGGAUGAGGAGGAUUUGUACAGCCGUGUGGCUUGGUGCAUCCUGGGACAUAACGGCAACUGGGAGAGACUCCCCAAAACAGCCAAUCACAACCUGGAAAAUAAAGAUAUAGCAGGAGGGAUAGUGGACGCACAGAGCAUCCAGUGGAGUGUGGAUCUUCAGAGAUUGUACGCCACAAGACGAGUAACUGGACAGACAGCGAAGCUGAAACGACUUGUGAAUCUGCCAGACUUUGAUCUCCCUCUGUACUGGGACAACAUGGCUACUGGUGAAGAUUUUCAGACAUUUGUGCUGCAGCAUUCCUCUCCAGAGUACCGCACAGUGAAGGAGGCCUUCAAACGAACUGUCCCCAAGACUGUAAUGAAGAUCGAGCGCUUGCAGAAUGUUCAUCUGCGACGCGCCUACGAAGUGCAGAAGAAGCACAUUUCUGAUAAGAACAAACUGGAGGGUGGAGCAGGUGAAAAGCUUCUGUACCACGGGACAACCCAUGAAAACUGUGACUCCAUCAUGAAAACUGGGUUCAACAGGCGCUUUGCUGGGCAGAACGCAACUGCGUAUGGUCAAGGAACCUACUUUGCCGUUAACGCCAGCUACUCAGCCAACCCCACCUACUCCAGGCCAGCUGCUGAUGGUUCUCAGUUAAUGUUUGUGGCCCGAGUCCUCACCGGCAUCUUCACUGUGGGCCGAAGCGACAUGAAGGUUCCUCCGCCACGCAAUGACCAGCAGCCCCACAACCGCUGCGACAGUGUGGUGGACGCAAUAGCUAACCCCAACAUGUAUGUUGUUUUCCACGACAACCAAGUGUACCCAGACUACCUCAUCACCUUUAAGUGACUCUGAGGAGGGAGGGCAUAGAAAAAAUGCAGAUGCUGAUGAUAAUAUAUGAUGGACUUAUUACAUUAAAGAACACAUUUAGGCCACAAAACUAAACUGCACUAACAUGUCAACAUAAACACAUCACACCACAGGAUCCUUAAGUCCAUACCAAUAAAAGUGGAUAAAAUUGCACACAAACAUAAAUAACACGCACCAAGCAUUCUUAAAAACCUCACACACCAAAGUCAACACUGGAGAAUCCACUGUGAGCCGGACCCAGCAUGCACCUGUUGGUCAUGCAACACUGUGGGUGUGUUUGAUUUGAGUCACUUAGUGUGCUGACUGUGUGGUUCAUUAAAUCAGUGCUUAAUUAAUGUAGAAUCAGUAGGCAAUUUGAAAAGGGGUGCUAUCUCUAUUGUAAGCAAAAUGCCAAUAACCUGCCAUCUCUUCUCUUCAUCCCCUGGUACUGAGGUGUGUAAUAGGUGGACCACGGUUUGGGUUCGGACCCAGACCUGUAACCGGUACAUUAUUGAGAAAGUGAAUAAGAUAUCAGAGACAUCAUAAAAUUAGUUGAGACCGUUAAUGUGUGAAAUGGAGUUGACAAAGAAAAGAUGAUAGAUUCUUCUUAUUAUUGUUGCACUAUUCACAAACUGCCAGCACCCGGCCCAGCUACAACUGGACCUCUCACUCCACCUGCCGCUUGCCCAGUGACGUUUACAUUGAGAACAUAUAUUUCUGUGUCACUUCUCCGCAGCUGCAGACUCACCAGCAGCCUCCUUCUCUGCUGCAGCUGCAGAUUUGCCUUCUUUUGUUUCUUUCUCACGAAAUUUAUCAGGAACUUUUCAUGUGACUUGAUUUUUUUGUAGUGAAAUUACAAUACUUGAGGUAAAAACAACAAAAAAGUAACAAGAGUAAAUGUAAUUUGUUACUUCUGAGAAUAAAGUAAAGCUAAAAUAAAAGAUAAGCUCGAUUGUUAGAUAGUUAAGUUUGCUUAAAGUUAUAGUUGUACAGUAUGUGAAAGUAUGUUUGAGGAAAAUUUAACAUAAAUAUAUUAUAAUAUAUAACUGGAGUGUUUGAGUGAAGAAUCUCAGAAUUAUUCCCCAGUUUAGGUCAAAACUGGGUUUUAUGUUUAGCUGCUUUGAUACCUGCAGGGGGAUUCCUCUAUGAACGAGGAAGCCGUAGUUUUGUUUUUGGCUUCUGAAGCCGUUAAUAAUUAAAGGCCCUCCAGUCAAAAAUAUGUUUUUCUUCUUGUUCCUACAGUUUGAUGUUUGAGCUUCACUGUGCACAAUGAUGUGUGUGUGGAGUUUGGCACUAGAAGGAUGUUUUCACAUUCAUCUGCUGAAAGU